UGAUUGGUGACACUGUGUUUUUAAGUUUAAAAUAUUUGUAAGCUAAAAAAAUAAACAAAAAUUAUUUUGAUUAUUUCAAUAGUUGUUAUAAUUUCUUAAACCCAAUUAAACCGUCCCCUUAUCCUCUCUCUAUCGCAACAAUGCUCACUACAACAGCCACAACAAUGGCCGCCGCCUCCGCCGCUCCCUUCCCGUCGACCUCCGGCGAACUCUUCGCUAAUUCGGGUCGGGUCAACACCGUCCAUCCCCCCACCUUCCGCCGUCACUCCAUCCCCAAUUCCAUCCGGGUCGGGUCACCAAAUUCGGGUCGGGUCAAUACUACCGCCUGUAAAGCUGACAGCUCGAAUUCGGAUCGGAUCAACACAAUAGUAUGCAAAGCUAACCGGUCCACAUACGCAGGGUCGCCGAAUUCGGGUCGGGUCAACAGCAAUGUCCUUUGCAAAGCUAACAGGUCAGCAUACUCGCCACUGAAUUCCGGGUCGAACUACGGCGGCGAACGACCACCGACGGAGAUGGCUCCACUAUUCCCAGGAUGUGAUUAUGAACAUUGGCUUAUUGUUAUGGAUAAGCCUGGUGGUGAAGGUGCUACUAAACAACAGAUGAUUGAUUGUUACAUACAAACAUUGGCUAAAGUUGUUGGAAGUGAAGAAGAGGCCAAGAAGAAGAUAUACAACGUUUCCUGCGAAAGAUACUUCGGUUUUGGAUGUGAGAUUGAUGAGGAGACAUCAAAUAAGCUUGAAGGUUUGCCUGGUGUUCUCUUUGUCCUACCAGAUUCAUAUGUUGAUCCUGAGAACAAGGAUUAUGGAGCUGAGCUAUUUGUGAAUGGGGAGAUCGUUCAAAGGUCACCUGAAAGACAAAGGAGAGUGGAGCCAGUACCCCAAAGAGCUCAAGACAGACCCAGAUAUAAUGACCGAACACGUUACACAAGGCGCCGUGAGAACACGCGGUGAAGACCGACUUCCAGUGUGAUUUUGUACUACUACACCAACUACGCCUCAAUCCCAAACAAGUCGGGGCUCUACGUGAUAGUAGUCCCAACUUAUUUAUCUAUCCUAGUUGAGGAAAAAAGAAUGUAUUAGUUGGAACAAGUUUGUGUCUCAUGCAAGGUCAUUCAUGUGUAAAGAUUAGUCUUGUUUGAUUGUAUUCUGAUAUAGUAGUUACUCCCUCCGUCCCAAUUUAUUUGGCAUAGAAUGUAUUAGUUGGAACAAGUUUGUGUCUCAUGCAAGGUCAUUCAUGUGUAAAGAUUAGUCUUGUUUGAUUGUAUUCUGAUAUAGUAGUUACUCCCUCCGUCCCAAUUUAUUUGGCAUACUUUUUCUUUUUCGUCCUUUCUAAAAAGAAUGUCAUGUUUCCUUAUUUGACAACUAUUUAAUGACAUUAUAUCCAUUUUAUCCU